CCCUUUCCCUCCAACAAAAAUAAUCUUUGCCCACUCUCUUUGUUCUCUCUUCUUGUUUAGCCUCUGUUCCGUUUAUUCUGCUUGCCUUUUUUUUUUUCUUUUUCUUUUUCAUUCAAUUCUGAAACUCUCCUUUUCAAAACCAAGAUACGGUGGUUCUUUUCGGAUCCUGACAAACCGCCGGACCAUGAUGCGGUUUGUGAUGUCUUCAAGCAGCAUACGUGUGUCGACUAUGUUCUUCAUUUUUAUGUUCCUGGCUUCCCUACACUUUGGAUCCAACGCUCAACUCAUACCACAAGAUGAAGUGAAAUUGCUACAAGCAAUAUCAGACAAGGUAGAGAACUUGAAUUGGAAAGUUACACAACGUUCCUGCAACGUAAAAGGGGAUAGAGGAUUUGAUAACAGGAAAAUUUCAAGGGAUCAGGCUCAAAUCAUAAGGAAUGUCACGUGUGAUUGCACUUCUAACAAUUUCACUACUUGCCAUGUGACAUCAAUCUCUCUCAAGGGUCUCAAUAUAUCUGGACCUAUACCCGAUGAAUUGGGAAAUCUAAAUCGACUUGAAAUACUUGAUCUCACUCGGAAUAAUUUCAAUGGCUCAAUUCCAAAAAGCCUUGGACGCCUCUCAUCAGUUGUCACUCUGUCACUUUUGGGAAAUCGACUUACUGGUUCAAUUCCCUCAGAAAUUGGUGACAUGGCUAGUCUGCAAGAACUGAACUUGGAAGAUAAUCAACUUGAGGGACCUCUUCCUCCGAGCCUUGGAAAAAUGAGCAGCUUGCUGAGAUUACUUCUUUCUACAAAUAAUUUCACAGGGACAAUACCAGAAACAUAUGGAAAUCUAAAGAAUCUCACCAUGUUUAGGAUAGAUGGGAGCAGUUUAUCUGGGAAGAUACCCACUUUUAUUGGGAACUGGACCAAACUUGAUAGAUUGGAUUUGCAGGGCACAUCCAUGGAAGGCCCGAUUCCUUCUGUCAUAUCUGACUUGACAAAUUUGACAGAAUUGAGGAUAUCUGAUUUGAAGGGACCAGCUAUGACAUUUCCUAAUCUGAAGAAUUUGAAACUCUUGCAAAGACUGGAAUUGAGGAAUUGCUUAAUAACUGGUCCCAUUCCAAGAUACAUUGGAGAAAUAGAAAGUUUAAAAACUAUAGAUCUGAGCUCCAACAUGCUGACUGGUACAAUCCCAGAUACAUUUCAAGACUUGGGAAAACUAAAUUACUUGUUUCUGACUAACAAUUCUCUAAGUGGACGAAUUCCUGAUUGGAUACUGAGCAUAAAACAAAAUAUUGAUUUAUCUUUGAACAAUUUCACAGAGACUUCUGCAAGUAAUUGCCAAAUGUUGGAUGUGAACUUAGCUUCCAGCCUCUCUCGCUCAGCAAACACUCCAAUAUCUUGUUUGAAGAUGGGCCAACCUUGUUCAGGAAAACCCCAAUUUCAUUCACUGUUCAUAAACUGUGGAGGACCUGAAACAAAGAUUGAGGGCAAUGAAUAUGAGGCUGACCUCAAUCUACGUGGCAUUUCAAACUAUUUUUCUAGUAAUGGUGGCAAAUGGGCUUAUAGCAGCACUGGAGUAUUUCUAGGAAAUGAUAAAGCUGAUUAUGUAGCAACAAAUCAGUUUUACUUGAAUAUUAGUGGUCCUGAUUACUUCAAAACAGCCCGCAUGGCCCCUCUGUAUCUUAAUUACUAUGGCCUUUGUAUGCUGAACGGCAAUUAUAAAGUGAAACUUCAUUUUGCUGAGAUAGCAUUCUCUGAUGACCAAUCAUAUAGCAGCCUUGGAAAGCGUGUAUUCGAUGUUUCAAUUCAAGGUUUUAAAUAUUUGAAAGAUUUUAACAUUGCGAAAGAAGCUGGUGGAGUUGGUAAGGGAAUCACUAGGGAGUUUAAUGUGAAUGUUACAGACAACACCUUGGAAAUCCACUUAUCCUGGGCAGGAAAAGGAACUAAUGCCAUUCCUAUAAGAGGUGUAUAUGGACCUCUCAUAUCUGCUAUCACUGUGACCUCAAACUUUAAAGUUUAUGGACAUGGGUUCUCCACUGGAACAAUUGUUGGAAUUGUGGUUGGGGCAUGUGUGAUUGUCAUAUUGAUACUCUUUGCUCUUUGGAAGAUGGGUUUCCUUUGUCGGAAAGAUCAAACAGACCAAGAACUUCUAGGUCUGAAAACAGGUUAUUUCAGUUUAAGACAAAUUAAAGCUGCUACUAAUAACUUUGACCCAGCAAAUAAGAUAGGUGAAGGGGGCUUUGGACCAGUAUACAAGGGUGUACUAUCAGAUGGUGCUGUGAUUGCUGUUAAGCAGCUCUCCUCCAAAUCAAAGCAAGGGAAUCGCGAAUUCAUCAAUGAAAUAGGCAUGAUAUCUGCUUUGCAGCAUCCAAAUCUUGUGAAACUUUAUGGCUGUUGCAUUGAAGGAAACCAGUUGCUGCUAGUAUAUGAGUACAUGGAGAACAAUAGUCUUGCUCGUGCACUUUUUGGUAAAGAAAAUGAGAGGAUGCAAUUGGACUGGCCCAGAAGAAUGAAAAUUUGUGUGGGGAUUGCAAAGGGAUUAGCUUAUCUUCAUGAGGAGUCAAGGUUGAAAAUUGUGCACAGGGAUAUUAAGGCAACCAAUGUCUUACUUGAUAAACAUCUGCAUGCCAAGAUCUCUGACUUUGGUUUAGCCAAACUUGAUGAAGAAGAGAACACUCAUAUCAGCACAAGGAUAGCCGGGACAAUUGGUUACAUGGCUCCUGAGUAUGCUAUGAGGGGUUACUUGACUGACAAAGCAGAUGUCUAUAGCUUUGGAGUUGUAGCUUUAGAGAUUGUUAGUGGAAAGAGCAACACAAAUUACAGGCCAAAGGAGGAGUUUGUAUAUCUUUUAGAUUGGGCCUAUGUUCUCCAAGAGCAAGGAAACCUUCUAGAGCUGGUGGAUCCAAGUCUUGGUUCAAAGUACUCCUCGGAAGAGGCCAUGAGAAUGCUGCAGUUAGCACUCUUGUGCACCAAUCCUUCUCCCACUCUUAGACCAUCUAUGUCAUCAGUGGUGAGCAUGCUUGAGGGAAAAACUCCAAUUCAAGCACCAAUAAUUAAACGCAGUGACAGUGUAGAAGAUGUAAGAUUUAAAGCCUUUGAGAUGUUAUCACAAGACAGUCAAACUCAUGUCUCUUCUGCAUUCUCACAAGAUAGUAUAGAGCAAGGAAGCAAAUCAAUGGGGGGACCAUGGCUUGACUCCUCCAUAUCUCUUCCAAGUAGAAUUGAUUAUGCUUCAAACGAUCAACUUAUUAGAAAUUCGAAUAAUGUGUGAUUUACAAGUCGGGGAAGUUAACUCAUUAAAUUUAAAUUCUUUGUAUCAAAGGAUGUAAACAGUAACCAGUCAGGGAGAUAGAAUACAUACAAAAUGUGGUGAAGUCAAACAUCAGGUUUUAAAAUGUAUAGAAGAUUUUUCAUAGUUAUUUGCUAUAUGUAUGGUGGUUUAAAGGUGUUUCAUGUGUUAAUCUUACGAAUAUGACAUUCAAUUCCAGUUUCAAAGUGCCAACAA